AUGUUUGGAUGUAUUGUAGCAGGGAGGUUGAUUCAAACCAACCUACAACAAGUGGAUGUGAAUAAAUACAUAUUUGAACUGCCAGACGCAGCUUCAAUCAAUCACAUUGUGGUAUUUCUACUGGGUACGAUUCCAUUCGAUCCGGGUUACGCUGCAACUGUACAUUUUCUAUGGCCGGAGAAAGAAUGGAAACCUCUUGGAAUGCUAUCAAAUGAAAAACCCAGCGCAAUAUUUCGUCUUCGUGGUUCCAUGGUCCCAGCAUUACAAUCUACUACAUUAUCCUCAUCAGGAUUCACAUAUACAACCCCCAGGUUAUUACCAAGCAGCACUGAAGGAAUGUCGAUGGACCUAAAUGAAAUGGCAGCAGCAGCAAAUGCGUCAGCGCCGGUUAUGGCCACACUUGGCAUCUCAAUAGAGUCGAUCGACGUAGUGGAAGCGCAAAUGAAAACGCUUCAAUCUCAAUUUCCUACGCCAUCGUUCACGCCUUCAUUUGACAAUCUUAUGUCAAUAGCCGCCAACGUACUAAAAAAUCUAUAUAAUUAUAUAACAUCAUUCUCAACGUCUAAUUUACCAUUCGGUGCGCAAAUUUUGGGAGACCCAGCAGGAAAUCAGUUUUUUCUGCCGAUGAAGGUCUUUCAAGAAUGGUACGGUAACUUUACGAGAAAGAUUAAAGUCGAUCCAGGCUUCCUACUGAAGAACGAGUAG